AUGGCUCCUGCAAUGAAAGGUGGCAAGAAGAAGGGCCGCUCUGCCAUCAACAAGGUGGUGAAAUGGCAAUAUACCAUCAACAUUCACAAGCGCAUCCACAGCAUGGGCUUAAAGAAAUGUGCUCCUUGGGAACUCAAAGAGAUCCGGAAAUUUACCAUGAAGGAGAUCGGCACUCCAGAAGUGCACAUUGACACCAGGCUCAACAAAGCUGUCUGGGUCAAAAGAAUAAGGAAUAUUCCCUACCGCAUCUGGGUUUGGUUGUCCAGAAAACACAAUGAGAACGAAGAUUCACCAAACAAACUAUAUACACUGUUUACCUAUGUAGCUGUCACCACUUAAAAAAAAAAACCUACAGUCAAUAUGGAUGAGAACUAAAUAUUAAUUGUCAAAUAAAGUUACACAACCAAAUCACUAAUAAUAGAAAAAUAAGUUGAAAAAUAAGAAAACACAAAACAGAACUUGGACUGGUUUUAGUAUAUUUCACCAAAGUAGAAUA